AUGAGCAAAGGCGCCAUAAUCGGCGCGUCGACCGUCCUGGCGGUGGCGGUCGUCGCCGCCGUCUGCGUCGUGUCCUUCAAAGAAGCUAAAAAUGAGGAGGACAGCACGGAGCUGGCGACGUCGGUGAAGUCGAUCAAGUCCUUCUGCCAGCCCGUGGACUACAAGGUGGCGUGCGAGAAGACGCUGGAGGAGACGGCCGGCAAUGCGACGACCACCACGGAGCUGGCCAAGGCCAUCUUCAAGGCCACCUCGGAGCGGAUCGAGAAGGCCGUGCAGGAGUCCAGCCUGCUCAACGAGCUCAAACACGACCCUCGCACGUCGGGCGCGCUCAAGAACUGCAAGGAGAUGCUCCACUACGCCAUCGACGACCUCAAGACCACCUUCGACCAGCUCGGCGGCUUCGAGAUGACCAACUUCAAGCACGCCAUGGACGACCUCAAGACGUGGCUCACCUCCGCGCUCACGUACCAGGAGACCUGCCUUGACGGCUUCGCCAACACCACGACGGACGCCUCCGCCAAGAUGCGCAAGGCGCUUAACGUCUCCCAGGAGCUGACGGAGAACAUCCUGUCCAUCGUGGACGAGUUCGGGGACACCAUCGCCAACCUGGACCUGUCCAUCUUCAGCCGGCGGCUGCUCGGGCACGACGGCGCGCCCAGGUGGAUGUCGGACGCCAAGCGGAGGCUGCUGGAGGCCUCUCCCAGCGAGCCCGACUUCAAGCCGGACAUGACGGUGGCGGCGGACGGCAGCGGCGACUACAAGACCAUCAACGAGGCGCUGGCCAAGGUGCCGCUCAAGAGCGAGGACACGUACGUGAUGCACGUCAAGGAGGGCACGUACAAGGAGUACGUCUCCGUGGCGCGCAACGUGACGAACCUCGUCAUGAUCGGCGACGGGGUCGGCAAGACGGUCAUCACGGGGGACAAGAACUUCAUGAUGAACAUCACCACCAAGGACACGGCCACCAUGGAGGCGAUCGGCAACGGCUUCUUCAUGCGCGGGAUCACGGUGGAGAACACGGCGGGCGCCAAGAACCACCAGGCCGUGGCGCUGAGGGUGCAGAGCGACCAGUCGGUGUUCUACGAGUGCCAGUUCGACGGGUACCAGGACACGCUCUACACGCACACCAGCCGGCAGUACUACCGCGACUGCACCGUGAGCGGCACCAUCGACUUCAUCUUCGGCAACGCGCAGGUGGUGUUCCAGAACUGCGUCCUCCAGGUGCGCAGGUGCAUGGAGAACCAGCAGAACAUCAUCACGGCGCAGGGGCGCAAGGAGAGGCACUCGGCCGGCGGCAUCGUCAUCCACAACUGCACCAUCGAGCCGCACCCGGAGUUCAAGGACCACAUCGGCAGGCUCCGGACGUUCCUGGGGCGGCCGUGGAAGGAGCACUCCCGCACCCUCUACAUCCAGUCCGAGAUCGGCGAGCUCAUCGACCCGCAGGGGUGGCUGCCGUGGCUCGGCGACUUCGCGCUCAGCACCUGCUACUACGCCGAGGUGGACAACCGGGGGCCGGGGGCCGACAUGAGCAACCGCGUCACGUGGAAGGGCGUCAAGCACGUGACCUACCGGCAGGCGGAAGAGAAGUACACCGUGGAGAGGUUCAUCCAGGGGAAGCUCUGGAUCUCCAAGUACGGCGUGCCAUUCAUCCCGGGGUUGCUGCCGCAGGAGCAGGCCGCCCACACUGACACUGAGCGAAGCUAGCGUUCGUCCGGGGUCGAGGAAGAUGGAUUGUGGACAAGGGUUGUUCAUUUUAUGGAU